ACUAUCUGCCAUCUCUAGGUACAACACACCACAUUGGAAGCAGUAGUCGCCUGCUAAAAAAUAUUUCAUUUUCAUAUAAAUGAAUUUAAAAAUACAAGAAUCAUUAAAAUAUUUUGAAAGCACCAGAAAAUAUCUAAAUUCCUGAACACACUAACGUCUGAAACAAAGGAUGUCUCGAGUUACACGCCAAAAACAUGUUCUUAAGGAGAUGAUGGAGGACGACUAUGAGUUGCCCAAAGAGAAUCAACAAAUCGUACGUGUUGUCUGCAGUCGCGGCAAUAAUCUGCAUGAGGUGGAAACCGCCAAUGUAGAUGAUGAACGUUUCCUAGUAACAAUGCCCAAUAAAUUUCGCAAGAAUGUCUGGGUGAAACGAGGCGAUUUUAUUUUGGUAGAACCCAUUGAGGAAGGCGACAAAGUAAAAGGUGAAAUAUGCAAAAUACUUACCCCUGAACACAUUAAGGAGUAUAAGAAGGCAGGAGUGUGGCCAGAAAGAUUUGCCAUGAAGUCUAAUAAGGAGAAUUACCAAACCAAUGCUGCAAAAGAAUCCUCUGAGGAUGAAGAAGAGGAUGACGACGAUGACAUUGAGCCAAAUAUGAAUCGACCUGCAGCAAGAAUAAUUGAAGAUUCGGAUGACAGUGACGAUGAUGAGGAAGAUAGCUCAGAAAAUUCAGAAGAAGAAUAAUCCCAAAAUUUUAUGUUGCAACCCACAUGAAAGAGCAAACGAAAAGGGUGAUAUAAAACAAUGUUUUGGGUUGCAGAUUUCAAAAAUAUUUUGGGGAUGAGAAUAUGCCUCAACUCCAGCGCUUUAGUAAUUGCGUAGCGUUUAUACUUUAAGAUACAACACAAAUGUUUGUAUUUUCUUAAAUCUUUUUUGUCACAUCACUCAUCACCUUUUUGAAAAUUCAUCCGUGGAAUUAUAUUUAAUCAGUUUUAUAAACUGGCAUAUGAAGUUAAAAAUAAAUUUUAUAUAAUCCUAAAUCUAA